AUGACCCAAGAUCUGGAAAAACAGCCUGAAUCAUCAACUGAAGAUACACCUCCUGCCUAUUCAAUCUUUACAACAUGGCAAAAACGCUUCAUCGUGUUGGCAGCUGCCUCUACUGCCCUCUUCUCCCCCAUGACGGCCCAGAUCUACUUCCCAGCCUUGCCCGCCAUCGCCAAAGACCUGGACGUGACCAUAUCGCAGGUCAACCUCAGCGUCACGACUUAUAUGAUCUUUCAGGGUGUUACGCCCAUGUUUAUCGGAUCUUUGGCUGAUAGUGGAGGGAGAAGACCUGCAUAUGUUGUUUGCUUCACCCUCUACAUUGCCGCCAAUAUUGGUCUGGCGCUUACACCGAGCUACGGUGCCCUCUUGGGUCUACGAUGCCUUCAAUCUGCUGGCUCCGCAAGCACGGUUACUCUCUGCUACGCUGUCGUCGCGGAUGUCAUCACCUCUGCAGAAAGAGGCCAAUACAUUGGUCUGACUGCUGUGCCCGUCGUCCUCGGUCCUGCUUUAGGCCCUGUCAUCGGCGGCCUUCUCGCUCAGUACCUUGGCUGGAGAUCCAUCUUCUGGUUCCUCACAAUCUUUGCCGGAGUAGCCAUUGUCCUCGUCGUCAUAUUCUACCCAGAAACAUGUCGCCGCAUCGUGGGCGACGGCUCAAUUCCUCCACCCCCUGUGUAUCGGUCUUUGUGGCAGAUACUUAAAUCCCGACGGACUCGGAUGUCAGCAGCCAAGUCCGACCUCAGCCGCCAAGCUUCUCACGGUUCCAAAAAAGAAAAGACGUUUAAAUUCAAGGCGCCGAAUGUCCUCGAGUCGGUUUUGAUGCUGUUUGAGAAAGAGACGGGUCUGCUGCUUGGCUUCAGCAGUCUUUGCUUUGCUGGCUUUUACUGCAUUGCUACAGCCAUGCCCACUCUUUUCACGCGAAUCUACGGCUUCAACGAGAUCCAAAACGGUCUCAUGUUUCUGCCAAUAGCAGCUGGCUCUGUAAUCGCAUCAUUCAUUGUCGGUGCCUUUACCAAUCGCAAUUUCGAGCGUCACUGCAUCAAGAUGGGCAUCCCCUACGAGAAGAGCCGUCAGCCAGACCUUUCAGGCUUUCCAAUUGAGCGCGCUCGACUCGAGAUUGGCUUCCCCCUCAUGCUCAUGUCAAUCGUUAUGCUCAUCGGUUGGGGUUGGGCAGUUGACGCCAAGACGCAUGUCGCUGUGCCCUGCGUGUUGAGCGGACUAAUGGGAGUUGGUAUCGUGGGCUUCAACAACACGACUAGCUCGCUACUAAUUGACAUUCACCCGGGAAAGCCAGGAACUGCCAGCGCUGCCAAUAACCUGACUCGAUGUCUAAUUGGAGCAGGAGCUAGUGCUGCGAUCGUUCCCAUGGUUGAUGCUUUGGGUACGGGUUGGGCGUUUACUCUGGUGGCAGGGAUACUGUUGCUUGGGUGUCCAGCCAUGAUCCUCCUGAUGGCCCGGGGGAUCAAAUGGCGAGAGGAGUUGAGGAUCAAGAAGGAGAAGAAGAGGAAGGCGAAAGAGGAACAAGAGUGA